AUGCUUCCACGUUUGAUGACUGCAGGGUUUCUGAGGGACAACAAAUCCGGGUCGGUAAGGCGCAUCCAUGUUCCCAGGAAAACGGGAUGGAAUCAAGCCGGCCAGUGCAAGGUACCACUACGUGCCACGAGCAUGAAACAUUGGUGGAUGCUCAAGUCACUGAACACUGCCCUCACCCGUCCUAGCAUCUGGGUGGCAGCCCUUGGCAAGGUUGGGUGCGGAGACAAUUCGAGUUCCCCAUGGCUUCCAUGGGUGCCUCGUGUGAGCUGCCCCGGCCGGCGACCCAUGAUGCGGAAUGCUUUGGUCAGUAGCGCAUCGAAUCUCGCCAAGCGAAACCACCCUAUGCGUGUACGUCUGAAUGCGACUGGUAUUGCGAACUAUGCUUUGGUCAAUGUUACUCUCCAGGGCAUUAAGGUCGGCACUAGUCUUUUGUCUCAUCGUGGCCCGGUGCUUGGUGGCAUGAGGACUGAGGACGAAAAGAGGCAUCUAACCACCAGAACUUUGGUCUCCACCUGCCGCACAUACAUUUCCCAAGGGGCCGGUUGCACCAAGAUCAAGUCUCGGGCUGGGCCAUUUCGAACUCUGGCCAUCGACUGGAUGGAAUACGCCUCUAGAGAGCGGUGCCGUGACGUGGUGCCUCUAGCGUGCGAUGACUAUGACCGAACGGCUCUGGAACCCUUCCAACGUCUGAACCCUUGGACCAGCCAACAAACCCGCCAGCCCGGAUUGGCAUGGCAUCACAGACAAGAGACUCAGUCACGCCGCUUGGGUCGUGGAACUCUAUUUGGGCCGUCCCGAUUCUUCGAAACUCGAUGUUUUUGCCGCGUGUCGUGGCCGGUGGUCGGACGGCUGUUCUCAACGAAGACUUUGAACCACCAGCCCACCUUGUUGUCUCUGCCAGUCGAACAUGUACGAUGCAAGCUGUCCCGCACACUGGAACUUGGAGGCUUGACAAGAUUGAGCUGCCCCGAUGCCGUUUUGGGACACGAUGCCGCGAACAAGAUGCUGACACGCAUCGUCGUCCCAAGGAAGGGCGGGAGGAAUAGCAACAUUAGUGGCCGUCACGAAGACAUGGAUCGGUACAGAUUCUCUCUCCGGCCCGUACAUGAUCCCAUUACCUUUGAGGAGGCACAGGCGCCGUCGUAUGGUUCGAGGUCGCUAUAUCCAGUCAACAGUGCUACCCACACUCCAGGCACCGCCUGGAACAGCGCGAUAUGGGGUGACUGCAGGACAUCCAAUGUCAUGUCCAACCUCUAA